ACUUCCAUUGGGAAAGUCAGCUACUUCGAAUGUAACAUGAUUACGAGUGCCGUUUUACAUGCAAAGCACUUCAAGCUUCUUGUGGUCGGUGGAGGAGCUGGGGGCCUUGGCAUAGCUUCGAAAUUCACUCGAAAACUUCCAAGUGGCAGUCUAGGAAUCAUUGAACCACUUGAAGAUCAUUACUAUCAACCUGGAUUUACUCUUGUCGGUGGAGGUCUAAUGACCUUAGAUUCAAACAGGAAAAAACAAGUCAAUUUGAUUCCAAAAGGUGCCACGUGGAUUCAAGAUAAAGUGGAAACUUUCAAUCCGUCACAGAAUACUGUCGUGUUGAGAGGAGGAGAGGAAAUAAGUUAUGAGUAUAUGGUUAUUGCGAUGGGAAUUCAUUUGAGAUUUGAUAUGAUCAAAGGAGCUGUCGAAGCAUUAGAAACGCCUGGAGUGUGCUCAAAUUAUUCACCUUUUCACGUGCAAAAGCACUAUCAAGAAGUUAUGAACUUUCAGAAAGGAAAUGCAAUUUACACCUUUCCAAACACCCCUAUCAAAUGUGCAGGAGCCCCCCAAAAAGCAUGUUAUAUAACUGAUUCAAUCCUCCGACAAAGAGGAGUUCGUGAUAAGGCUCAUAUGAUUUAUGCAACUAGUUUGAGCAAGAUAUUUGGCGUGGAUCAUUACGUCAAGGCAUUGGAAAAAGUUGCUCAAGAAAAGACUAUAGAAGUAAAAACAAAGAGAAAUUUAAUUGAAGUUGUUACAAAUAAUAAAAAAGCAAUUUUCGAACUACUGGGCGACGAUUCCAAGCCAACCGGCGUUACGGAGGAAAUUGAGUUCUCUCUUCUCCAUAUCAGCCCACCAUGCACUGCCCCGGAACCACUACGAUCUUCUCAUUUUGCCGAUAAAACUGGGUUUAUGGAUGUCGACCCACAAACUUUGCAGUCAAAAAACUAUCCAAAUGUGUUUGGUGUUGGAGAUUGUAUGAACACACCAAAUGCAAAAACAGCUGCAUCAGUUUCUACGCACUUGAAAACUGUCGACACAAAUUUGACACAAGUUAUGCAGGGAGCACGGCCAUUCAUGAAGUACGAUGGCUACGCUUCUUGUCCACUGGUCGUCAGCACAAAUCGUGUUAUUUUAGCGGAAUUCAGUCCGAAUGAAAUCCUGGAAACUACACCACUCAAUCAAUCAAAACCUUCUUAUUGGGCAUUUCUUAUGAAAAGAUACAUUUUGCCGGUUUUAUAUUGGAAGGGAUUGAUAAAAGGGCACUGGAAUGGACCAUCAACUAUUCGGAACUUCAGUCGAUUACUAAAAACGAAAUAAUGUUUUAAUUUGUAAAUUUUUUGGUAAGUACUCCAGUUUAAUAAGAAUUUAGAAACAAGUUUCGGUUGUGCUAAAAAAUUAAUAAACAUCUUCUAAAUCAU